GCGGGCAUCGGGUCACCAGGCAUCAGGUCAUUUGACUCAACAGCGGGCACCGCGUCAUCCGGCAACUCACCAGGCACGACAGUGGGCUCUGAGUCAAUUGGCACAACAGCGGGCACCGGGUUAUCAGGUACCGGAUUGUCUGGCUCGACAGCGGGCAUCAGGUCAUCAGGUAUGACAGGGGGCACUGGGCUACCAGGCAUCAGGUCAUUUGGCUUGCCAGCGGGCACUGCGUCAUCUGGCAAGGCAGUGGGCACCGGGUCACCAGGCAUUGGAUCGUCUGGCUCGACAGCGGGCAUUGGGUCACCAGGCAUCAGGUCAUUUGGCUCGCCAGCGGGCACCGCGUCAUCUGGCAAGGCAGUGGGCACCGAGUCACCAGGUACGACAGCGGGCUCUGAGUCAAUGGCACGACAGCGGGCACCGGAUCAGGUACCGGAUCAUCUGGAUCAACAGCGGGCCUCGAGUCAACUG